GUGACAGUCCAUUACUGCGUCCCUCGUGCAUUUCCAUACUAUUUCAUUUUUCAUUUUGUCUCUUUUUGGGACUUGUCAUUUCAGCCCGAUUCUGUGUGUGCCCGACAUUUCUCCUCAUUCUGUGAAUCACAAUUUUUAGAUUAUUUCUUUUCUUGGUUUGUGUGUGUGUUUGUGAGCCAGCUGCAGUUGUUAAAAAAACUAAGUGACAUUGGCAGACCGUUGAACUCGACCAACUCGUGUCAACAAGACCUUGUGUGUAUCCCGUACGUCAAGAGAAGUGAAAAAAAAAAAAAUAAGAGAACGUCGUUGGCGUGUGUGUGCGUGCAUCACGCCAAUAGAACUGCUCCGAUAACACAACACAAUAAACCGAAGCAGCAGUGGCAGCAACAGUAACUCAAAUAUUUACAUAAAAAAAGGAGCACAGCGCAACGCCCAAAGGCUCCUUUUUUUUUUUUUUUAAAUAAAAGGCAGCUAGAAGCGGGAAACAAUUGUAAUAUUUAGAAGAAGGCAGGAGGAGCGGAUACAGGUUAGCAGUUGUUGAUUCAGUGCGGGAGCCAUGCACCUGUGAGCCGGUGAUCGUCACACAACCAAUAUCAUGUCGCAGGACCGUCGUGUUAUUUCCCAGCUGCUGCUGCUCGGACUGACAUGUUGGAUAGUGGGUGGCCGGCCAGAUGUUGGCAUUCACACACAAGUCCUAGGUGAAUGGCACACGACGUCUUGGGAGUCUUGCGAGCCGGAGAAAGUGUUUCAAGCAGUCAACGAUAGUUCCGGACUUGUGAUAAAGCCGACCAUAGGUCUUCAACGACGAACGCUAACCUGCAUCUCUGCCAACGCUUCCGUCCUACCGCCCAGUCGGUGCGGAGAUACGCCGAUGUCACUGCCGCAGCACCAACGUCGUUGUAUUGUUGCACGACCUUGCCGAGUAGCCGAUUGGUCUGCGUGGGAAACACGGCAACAAGGCUGCCGCGGGGACGACGACCAGGUCGUGUCGGAAAUUCAAAUCCGACGCCGAAGAAUUAUUGAGGCACCGAUCGUCCCGGUCACGGUACGCACUCUGGGUUCCAGCCGGUGGCUGCCAGAAGAGGAGUGCCCUCCAUGGGAGGAGAGGCGUUUUAUCGACCAACCCUCACAAUUGCCUCUUUGCAAUCAAAGGUACAAAUGGCAACCAUCACCAUGGAGCACAUGUCGAGCCAAUUCUCCCAUCACAUCAACAGUCCGUCUGGAUGCGGGUCCGGACGGGCCCUCCGCCGCUGGCGACCCGCCGAUGUCAUCUCAGCUCACUCAAAUCUGCGGCGGAGGCAUCCAAAUGCGCAGCCUGACAUGCCUCCGUUUAAGUGAUUCUCGACCCGUCAACUCCGCACUCUGCCGGGCACUCACUCUUUUGCCUACUAUUCAACACUGCGAGAUACCGUGCGAUUCGGAUUGCCAAGUCAGUGAAUGGUCGCCAUGGUCGCCAUGCAUGGCAGCCAGGUGCAUUAACAACGGCAAUCAGCAUAGUCCACCCGUGCCGGCCGCAAUCAUUCGAGUAGCCAAAGGGAUAGCGGCUGAAAAUCGUUACAGAACAAAAGAGGAAGGAAGCGGAAGAGUAGAGCCCUCGGACUACAUUUCAGGAGGUGAGAAGAUGGAUGACAAUGUCGCCAGCGGAUACCAGUUCCGUCACCGACGCAUCCUGUCCAACGCCAGUGCAGACGGUACCGAAUGCCCGGCGCUGAGCCAGCUCCGUCGCUGCCAUACCGACUGGGGCGACGCUUGCACCCGCUGGGAAGUACAGCCGCUGCUGGACACCUGCCAUCUGGCCGACAACGCCACCUGCGGACUUGGAUAUCACGAGCUGGUCUUUCGAUGUCGUCGAUAUGACGGGGUUACUGUGGAUGACGACGAGUGUUCUAACAAUACGCUGGCGCCAUUGGAACAAGUCGCAUGUACGAUCCAAUGCUCAUCCGACUGUGUCCUGUCGCCAUGGUCCGAAUGGACGCCCUGCAUUCAUCAAGGACGACGACGGAGAACGCGCUACGUGGUCGGCCUUCCUCAGCCGGACAGCCAGCCUUGCCCAAAUCAGCUGAUGGAGGAGCAACUAUGCUCGGUCGAGCAGCAAAUGGAACAAGUUCGUUGGCCCAUUUUCGGAUGGUGGCCUCUGCCGUGGGGUCCAUGUCAAAUGAUUGACGGAAGCGCGUCAUCCUGCGGGGCGGGCACACACACGCGCGAAGUCCGAUGCACCCGAGAUGACGGCCAGCACGUCGAUGACUCCCAUUGCGCCCUGCUGAGUCGUCCUGAAAGCGUCCGCAUUUGUAGCGUCCUUUGCCCGGAAGAAUGCCGCUUGUCGGAUUGGUCGGAAUGGUCCCAAUGCUCCGAUCAGUCGAAAGAUGAUGCCAUCCAGUCGCGGAUUCGUGUCGUUCUUCAACAGCCUGCCAGCGCUGCAUCUACUAGCAUGUCGCUGUCGUUUACUUGCCCGCCUCUGAUGGAAAAGCGCUCCUGUUUCGAUUGGCUUGUCCAGCAAGAGCGCAUCGGCUGGCAAGUGUCUGCCUGGUCUCCUUGUCAUCUACCGACCAACGCCAAAUGCGGGACUGGAAUUUCAAUUCGAAGUGUAUACUGCCAUGACGGUAACAAUGCAACCAUGGAUCCGUCUGUCUGUCUUGCCAGAUUAAUGGAUGAAUAUCGCCAGUUGGAGACCUACCGCGAAUGCUACGUUCCCUGUCAACGAGAUGCUAAUUCGACAGAGUCGUCAGCGUGCCAACACGAGCAUGUGAUAGAGACGAGAUCUCUUUGUCCGCGUAAUUGCAUCGGAACGCGCAGCAUUUCUGGAGGCAAGAACGUGGACUGCGAAGAAGACGGACAUGGCAACGGCAUUGUAAAAACAUCAAUAGAAGAUUGUCCCUGCGAGAGAGUCACCCUGGAGCUGGAAGACUGGUCUGCCUGUUUGAUGGAGGAGCAUCACGCACGCAGCUGCGGCCGCGGCAAACAGUUUCGCCGACGAAAGUGCAUCGUCACGGCCACCGGCCAAUUAGCGCCGCUCCACUGGUGCAAUGAAGAAGAUUUCGAAACGAGGAGCUGUGAUGUUCCUUGCCCUAUCGACUGCCAACUUUCUUCCUGGAGUGCUUGGACCAACUGCAACUCCACUUGCGGUCCGGGCUCCCAGCAGCGCCAUAGGAAGAUUGAAAUGGAGCCAGCCAAUGGUGGGAGACCUUGCGGAUCGACAGAAGAGAUUCAAGCGUGCAACGUCCACUCGUGUGACACUUACCAAUGGCGAACCUCCGACUGGACACCGUGUCACUUGGCCUUUGACAAACGGUGCGGCGAUGGCCUCCAAACGCGCUACGUCAGGUGUAUACACGUACCCGAAGACAUAGUGGUGGAAGACGCAGUUUGCGACAAGGCAAAGAAACCUAAAGCCGAACAACCAUGUCAGAUCGCUUGUCCAGGCCACUGCGUCAUCAGCCCCUGGUCGGCUUGGUCACCAUGUCAACACUGUCACGGAGAGAGGAGACGUGAACGUUCAAUCAUCAGAAAUCCUGUUUACAACCACACUUGUCCGCCAUUGGAGGAAAUCGAAUACUGUUCCAACCCCGCCAGUGGUGGCUGUUUUGGCUACGACUGGCAGGUGUCCGAUUGGAGUUCGUGUCAACCUCUGGGCGGGUCCAACUGCGGCGAAGGCGUACGAACAAGGAUCGCCUCUUGCGUUCGAAGUGACGGCUACGUCACUGACUCUAGCAAUUGCGAUUCUCAUACAAGACCAGGUUUGACCGAGAUGUGGUGUCACGUCGAAUGUCCGAUCGAUUGCCAAGUAUCUCAGUGGUCGGCUUGGGAUGAUUCCGAAUGCGCUCCAUGCGGUCACCAUUCAGGACUGCGCUCACGUCAUCGCGAGAUUCAAAUGAUCAACAACCAAUUCGGUCGUAGUUGCCCGACUAUCCUUCGCCAACAGCUCCCUUGUCCAUACCAUCCUUGCUACGAAUGGCGACCAUCCAAUUGGUCUGGAUGUUUUCUGCAGGGGGCUCAAUGCGGCAUGGGAGCCCGGCACCAGUUGUUCGAAUGCAUUCUAGCGGAGACCGGGAAACGAGUCGAUUCUGAAUUUUGCCGCCUCAGCAGGCGCCUACCUCCCGCCCACAUGACCGAAUGUAAAAUUCUCUGCACAUUUGAGAAACUGGUCAAGGUGUCUGCUGAAAACACCGUUACCAAAGACAGCGUGAGUAGCAUCUUUUCCUCAUCGAUAGACGAUGAUAUUAGCGUCCUCUACUAUCCAAAUGAUGGCGAAUUCAACAUUUGGAUGGUUGCUAUGAUUGCCAUUGGAUCCCUCUUCCUCGUCUUCGUAGGAGUGACCAUCUUUCUCAUUUGUUCAUCACGAGAGGAAUCCAACGGCUGCAAGCGCAAUAUGUCCAUGGCAGGAGCACCAAGUGAAUUUCGCACCCGAGUUCAUCGCGUUAGCAAUGGAUCACAUUAAACAAUUUAAUAAUUCGUCAUCUGUUUUGCGCAUUUGAUGUUUUAUAUUGUUUUCUUCUUGUGGAGAGAGCGGUAUCGGUUGGAAAAGUAUUAGCUACAAACCCGAUACUUGGUCAUCGGUGACAUCGAGAGAGAAAACAGAAUGAGAGCCGGAUGUUAUUUUGAUAAGAUGAACUGAAACUUUGUUUAAUCUAACCUUUCUGUUGUAUAUAUAUUUAUCUAAGAAGGGAACAGGAAUCGAAAAGAUACCCAUCAGACUACAAAUAAAAAAAGAAAAAAAAAAAAAGAAAA